GACAUGCAUGCGAGUAUAGCAUAUCGCACGCUGUUUUCGUGCCGCAAUGCGGGGCCGGCAAUUCGCUCGGGUCCUUUGACCAGUAACCCCCGCACGCUUGUUUCAGAGCACGUGAUAGAUCUAUACCGUUUAGAUUUGCCCUGAGGUUUGACGCUGGCAACAAAUGUGUAUUUCAAGUUUGGCUUGUCCCGUGCGGCUGGCACGGUCGCCUAACGAGACGGUGUUGAGAUGAAAUAACAUAUGAUGGUUGAAGAGCAUGGAGCGGGCGUAAGCUUUGCCCCAGACAUGCGCGGCGAUGCAGCUCCUGCUGCACAGUGGCCCAGGGCGCUUAAGCCAGGUCUUCGCGAUAGCAUUACACUUCGUGGUCCACGGAGACCUUCUUCGGCGCGCUCCAACGGCGGCAUCCGGCCUGAAGAGAGCCGGGCUGGUUGCGGCGGCUGCUUCGGCGGCGGCCGCAGCCGCAAGCGCGCCCGCUGGCCAGACACCUCGGCGGCCGCCGAGGGCAGUGACGGCGACGGCGGCGGAGCUGCGGCACCUCAGCUGGGUGACGGGGCCGGGGGCAGCGGCACUGAGGCGUGCCUGGGCGGCGGCGGCGCCGACGACGGCCGCCCCCUGUCCGUGUCCGUGUCUGUGGCUUCAGCCGGCGUCAGCUCGCUGCGCUCAGCACUGCUAGCACUGGUGGGCGGCGGCGGCGGUGGCGGCGGCGGCGCGGGCGCCGACGGCGCCAGCCCCAGAGCCGCCUCCACAGCCUCCGCCGGCCGCGACGCCAGCCGCUCACACAAGGCUCCGUCGUCGCCUGCGGCGGCAGCAGGCGGCGGCGGCGGCGACAGUGGCAGCCAGCGGCGCAUGCUGCGUGUGGACGGCGUGCCGGCUCCGGUGAAGACACACGACAAGAGCAGCCAGCCGCAGAAGCCCAGCCUGCGUGUCACCUCCGCGCAGCAGCAGGGGUUGCGGUCGGGGCAGCAGGGCCUGAAGCAGGGCGGAGGCGGCGGUGGCGGCUACGGCCGCACCAGUACCGGCCUGUCGGAGGUGGACGCCACCAACGCAGACGACCACAGGCGCAGCGUCGGAGGCGGCGGAGGCGGCAAGCCGAUUGAUGCGGUUACAGCCAAGGCACGGGCGCCGGCGGGCGGAGCGGUGAAGUCGACGUGGCUGCUUGCUGGCGAUGAUGAUGACUGUGGUGGUGGCGACGGCAGCCAGCCCGACAGCCCGGCGGCGGCGGGCAGCAUGCCGGCGCCGGGGCCGGGUGCGGCCACAACCGCCACAACCGCCAACCACAAAACCACGACGACAACGACAAAACGCACGGUUACCAGCACAAGUUCGUACGCGACGUCAUCCACCUCAACCGUCACAACGUCCCGACCGGCGUUCGGUGCCGGCGCCGGCGGCACCGCCACAACCACCACCACAACCACCGCCAUGUCCCACCACCAGCAACAUGCCUCGUCCUUCGCCAGCGCCACCACCACCACCACCACAACCGUGGCAUCAGCGGAACCCUCGCCUUCCGUGUCCGCCGCCACGCACGCCGCUCCCGCUGCUCCCUCCGCCGCUGCUACAGCCGCCGCUCCCUCCGCCGCUGCUACAGCCGGUGCUACACCCGGUGCGCGGCAGUCGCAGCGCCGCGACUCCACCUACAUGACGCUGGUGGAGCAGGCGGGCGACUCCAUUGGCGAGUCCAGCCGCAUCCCGGAGCUGGCAGAGCUGAGGAGGGGGCUGGGGCUCGGGCCGGGGCCAGCGCCGCGGCUCGGGUCGGGGCCGGGGCUGGGGCUGGGAGGGACCCGCGCCGCUGCGCCGCCCCACGCGGCGGCGGCGGCGGCGGGCGGCGGCGGGCGGUGGGGUGGAGGCGAGGGGGACAGCGGUGGAGGCGGAGGCGCAGGCGGAGGCGUUGGCUACAAGGUCGCGGAGGGCACACACACGGAACUGGAUCCGGAUCCGGAUGUGAAAAUGGCGGACGCUGAUGCGGCCCGGGCGGAGGCGGAGGCGGCGGCGGCUGUGGCGGCAAUGGCUUCGCUGGUGGGCGCGGUCCCGGCUGGCGGCGGCGGCGGCGGCGGCUCCACCGCUUCCGCGUCUGUGAGCAGGAGCCGCGGCGGCGCCAGCAGCAGCAACACCGGCGGCUUUGGCAGCAGCAGCAAUGCUGGCGGCGGCGGCGGUGGCGGCGGCGGGGGACUAAUGACGACCACGUUUGAGAAUGUGACCAUGUCGGCGUGGGCGGAGGAGGGACUGGCGGGAGAGCAGGCGCCGGCAGGGGCGCUGCCGCCACUGCUCGGCGCCAUACCUGAGCUAGCGGCGGCGCGUCAGCCGCAGCAGCCCAACAGCAACAGCAACAGCAUCCCCAGCUCGCAGGCGGCGGGCGCGACGCAGCGCCCAGCCCUGGCAGCGGCCGCGUCGGCGCCGGUGUCGGCGGCGGAGCCGGCAACAGCGGCGGCGGCGGCGGCGGCACAAGCUCCGUCAGCCAAUGCCAGCCCCGGUCGGCUAGCUCUGGCCGGCCGGCUGGGCAGGUCCCUCCGCUCGCUCUUCGCCGGCGGCAGCGUCUCCCUACCAGCCACCGCCGCCGUCACCGCCGCCGCCGCCGCCGCCGCAAUGGGCCCGGCUGGUGCGACCGCGGUGACGGUGCCGGAGGCGCAGCCAGACAGCCCGCAUGCCGCCGCCACGGCUCCCGGCAGCGGCGGCGCCGGCGGUGGUAGUGCCGGCCUGGCGGCGGCGGUGGCGGCGCCGUCGCGGCGGUCGCUGGUGGCCAGCCUACGAGUGCAGGUGCGCCCCGUGGCGGCGGCGGCGGCGGCGGGGCGGCGCAGCACGGGGGCCAUAUCGGAGACCGAGGGCGACGUGACGUCGAUGCCGGAGUCUCCAGGUAGCGCCUUUGGCGCCAGGGCUUACGGCGCCAGGUCUGACGGCUACGGCACAAGCGGCUACGGCACAAGCGGCUACGGCACAAGCGGCUACGGCACAAGCGGCUACGGCACAAGCGGCUACGGCACAAGCGGCUACGGCACAAGCGGCUACGGAGGUGGCGGCGGCGGUCAGGGGGGUCCGGCCCCAGCCGCUGGCGUGGCGCCCGCCGCCGGCGCCUCAGGCGGCGCCGCUGCCGCUGCCGCUGCUGACGUGUCGGCGGCGCUGUUGGCGACGGCGCAGUCGGGGCCGCCGCAGGUUGGCGGGGGCGGCGGCGGCGGGGGCGGAGGCGGGGCGCCGGAUGGCGCUGACGCGCAGGGCGAGGGCACGAGGCCGGUGGAGGGCCCGCGUCGCUGGAGAACCGAGGCCGCGCUCGAUCCAGUCGGCCGCACCGCCACCGCCACCGCUGCCGCUGCCGCCGUCCCCAUUCGCGUCUCGGCAUACGGCGACCUCGGUACCAGUGGCGCCGCCGCCACCACCACCACCACCAGCCUCAGCGGCGCAGCGCCGGGCUCGCCCCCGGCCACUGGCGGCGCCACCGGCAGCGGCACUGGCACUGGCGGCAUCCGGGCGGCCUCGUCCGGCUUCAAGCCCAUCGCGCUUCUGGGCCGAUUGCUGGGGGUGCGGGAGCCCAGCGGCAAUGGCAGCGGCGGCGCCGCCUCCUCUGUCGCCAUGUCGGGCCCGGCGGCUCGGAACAGCAGCUUCGCCUCAGUUGGCAGUGACGCCCGAAUUGUGCCACGACAACAGCGACAACAGGCGGCGGCGCAGUCGCGAGCGGGUGGCGGCGGUGAGGCGGCGGCGGCAGCCGGCGACCGGCCGUCGUUUGUGGUGUUGAGAAAUUCGUUGUUUGAUGCGGACGGCGGCGUUGGCGGCGCCGGCGCUGGUUGCAGUGGUGCAGGUGGCGGUGGGAUCGGUAGCAACGCCUGGCCCUCCGUCCGUCGGCCAUCGGAGACGUCACUGGGAACCGGCGCCGGGGGCCCUCUCUCCCCUGACAGCCCACCCUGCACCUCUCCCACCGGCCUCUCUCCGGGCCUGUCACCCGGCCUGUCGCCGGGCCUCUCGCCGGGCCUGUCCCCGGGGUCUCGCUUCGGCCCCGCCGGCGUUACACGCCAUACGUCAGGUCCCGGCUCCGGGCCCUCGCCGCACGCACCCAGGCUGGCGACGACGGAGGCGGCAACGCCCGCGACGGCCGGCGCGGCGCGCGCCAUUGCUGGCGCGGCGGGCAGCAGCGGCAGCGGCGGCGCCGCCAUUGGAGGAGGAGGAGGAGGAGGAGGAGGAGGCGGCGCCCGCGUGUCUAAGCUGCAGCAGCAGUUCCUGGCGCAGCACCAGCAGCGGCUGGAGCUGGAGCCGCCGCUGCCGGGGUCCCGCCGCGGCUCUGUGGUGUGUGCGCCCGAGGCGGUAGCGGCGGCGGUGGCCUACGCCGAGGGUGGCGGCGGCAGCAGUGGGGCUGAGGGCGUGCCGCCGCCGCGGCACGGCAGCGGCGCCGUGCCGGCGGCCUCGGCGACCUCGGCGGCCUCCGGCGCCCCCCUCAGCCGGGACACCCAGGCUCAGGGGCGCUCCAGGCUGCAAGCCUCAGCCGGCGCGGCGGCGGCGGCGGCGGCGCCGGCACCGGCGGCGGCGCCGGCGGCGGACAAGCGGCGGUGGCAGCAGCAGCAGCAGCAGCAGCAGCAGCAGACGCCUGCUCCCCAGGUGCAGGGGCAGGGGCCGCCGCGGCGGCAGCAGGGCCGUAUGGCAGCACUGGCCAGCUUCUUCAUGCGCAGGAAGAGCAGCGCCGGCAGUGGAGGCGCAGCCGCCGCCAGAGGCGGUGGCGCCCUCAGCGACGACGCGGUGGGCGCCGUCAGCGGCGCAGAGGACAGCGUGCAGGGCGGCAGGCAGCGGCGGCGCAGUCGCAGCUUCACCGCGGGCUGUGAGGAGCUGGGAGUGGCCGAGCGGCGAGCCAGCCUGGCGCAGAUGUCGGCAGCAGGCGUUGCGGCGGCGGCGGGCGUGGCGGGCGUGGCGGCGGCGCCGCAGCCCGCGGUCAGCGACAGCGGUGCGGCGCCGCGCGGCCUGGCGGCGGCGGCGGUUGGCGCCGUGCCCUCGGCGGUUAGCUGCAUCAACGAUGAGGUCGACUACUGGCGUCAUACCGGCAGUCGCAACCGUGACGCGCCGCCGCCUGCCACCGCCGCCGUUGCCAACACCGCCGCCGCCACUAGUGCUGCCGCCGCCGCCGCGCUCGGCGGCGGCGGCGGGCCGCGGCCGCUCAAGCCGGCGCUCAGCGUGAAGCGGCGGGUGGGCGUCACAAGCGACGGCACAGGCGCCGGCGGCGGCUUGGCUCCGGCUGUGAGUGUGCGGUGGAAUGAUGACUUGCUCAUCGUGUCCACCGACCUGGGAGACACCGCAGGCGGCGGCAGGGCGGUGGCGGCGGCGGUUGAGCCGGGCUCGCUGCCGCAGGGCCGCACGUCGGCCUCGGGUAGCGUGGCGGGGUCUGUGGGGGGGCUGGGCGGCCCCCGCAGCAUGUCGUACGCGGACCUGUCCCUCAGCGUGCAGCGGGCAGUGCAGACGGUGCAGGCCGCGGCCUUGCAGCGCGCGCGCCGCAGCAUCAGCCCCGACGGCGGCGGAGGCGGCAGCGGCGCCUCGCCGCCCCGCACAGCCGGCACAGCCGCCGCCACUCCCGGUUCCUCGCGGGCCACCACCGCCGCCAGCGGAGAGCGAUCUCGCCGCAUCCGUGCCGCGCCCUUCGCCGCCGCCGUCGACUUGCUCGGUGGCGCCGUCAGCGCCGUCGCCGCCGCCGCCGCAACUCGGCCGACAACAGCCGCAUCCAGCCUUUGCAGCGACGCCGCAUCGCGAGGCCACCGGAGCGUGCGGCUUGCGCGUGCUGCCGCCGCCAUUCACUCUCACACUUCCCAGCAGCCUCGAUCUCGCUCGCCAAGGAUGUCUUACGGCGGUACGGCGCCGGGAUACGUCGGCGUCGGUGGCGAGUUUGCGGCGACGGCCGGUGGCGACGGCCGCGCGUCGUACGAUAUCAUGAUUGUGGAGAAUGGGCAGCGGUCCGAUCCCGAGUCUGCGGCGCAGCACGCCGCGCGCAGCAUGCGGGGCGGCGGCGGCGGCGGGCAGCCGUACUACUACAGCGAUGAUGGCAGCCUUGCAGACGAUGACUAUGACCAUGACGGGGACAGGGAUGAUGCGGACAUGCCAGGACACCCCGACUUUUAUGAUGAGGAUGAGGAGUUGGGGGAUGGACGCACGCACACGAGGGCCAGCGCCCGGGCGCACGGCAGCGGCUGUGCGCCGUCGGCGCGGCGGGGCAUGUCGGCGGCGGAGGCGGCGGAGGCGCAGCAGCGGACGUCCGACCCGUCGGCAAACGGUGGCGGCGCCGCCGGCCGUGUCGCUGCUUAUCCCGGUGGUGGCACUCGCACUGGCGGCGGCAGCCCUGGCGGCAGCCCUGGCGGCGGCGCCUCGCCGGGCCGUUCGUCUUUCGGCGACGGUGGCACGUGGGCCGUCGCCGGCGGCAGCGGCGGCGGUCGCGGCAAGUCGUUUGCGGACAUGUCGGCCCUUCUGUCGCAAGCACUGGCGGAGAGGCAGGAGCGCGAGCAGCACCGGCACCGCACCUACAGCGGCGCCGGCGCCGGCACUGCUCCGGCGUCGCCGCCGGGGGGCCCGGUCCUGGAGCCAGAGCGGGAGCGAUUCCGCCGCAGUUGCGGCGGCGGCGGCGCCGGCGGCGGUACUGCCCUCGCCAGCAGCACCAGCAUCCGUGCCGCGCCCUUCGCCGCCGCCAUGGACCUGCUGCACCAGCGGCAUGUGGACAGGCGCCAGCGCCAGGGCCAGCGCCACGGGCACAGGGACAGCCAGGGCCACGGCCAGGGUCACGGGCAACGGGACGGCCAGGGCCACGGGCACAGGGACGGGCACGGGCAGACGUCGCCGCCGGCUGCCGCUGCCGGCGGCUCUCUCAAGGCCGCAGGACCAGCAACGGCGGCGGCGGCGGCUGCGGCGGCUGCUGCGGCGGCGGCGCGGGGCGGUGCGCUGUUCCUGCGCCGCCAGGCCCCCCGCAGCAGCCGCCAAGCCCCGAGCCAGGCGGUCAGCGGUGGGCCUUUGAAAUACGGUGACGAAGGCCCGACCGGCCCGGAUCCGGAUUCGGAUUCCGAGCCCGGAAUCCUGGUGCACAACGACGGCGGCGAGCAACCCCCGCCCGUUGCUGGCGGCGCCGCGGCACCGCACGGCAUGACGCAGCCACAGCCGUUGUCACCGCUCACGCGUGGCGCGGUCUCGGGCGCCCUGGACAGUGACGCAGAGCGCACCUCCGCCGCCGCCACCGCCAGUGAGAGUGCCGGCCCGACUGCUGGCGGCGGCAGGACAGCGGUGGGAGGCGGCGGCGGCGGCGGCGGCGGCGGCGAUGUCGGCACAGCCAUAAGCGGCAGAACAGCUGGCGGCGAUGGCGGCAGCGGCGGCGGCCUCCACGGCGCAACGGCGGCUGCCGGCACUGUUGUGGGCGGCGCUGCCGGCACUGCGGUGGGCGGCGGUCGUGGCAAGUCGUUUGCGGACAUGUCGGCCCUUCUGUCACAGACGCUGGCGGAGCGGCACAGGCGGGAGCCGCACCGCCGCGAUGGCCCCGGCAGCCCCGGCCCCGGCGGCGCGAGCCCUGGCGGCGGCAGGGUAUCAGGCAGCGAUGCGCCUACCAGUCCCGGCUUAGCCGUGGUCAUGGGAGGCGGUGGAGGUGGAGGAGCAGGAGGAGGCGCCCGCGCCGCGCCAUUCGCGGCUGCGCUUUGCGUGAUGCAAAAGCAACAUGCGGAGCGGCAGCAGCAGCAGCAGAAGCAGCGACAGGAGAGGCAGCCGCGCGCGGCGGAUGAGGCAGCACGGGAGCCGGCGGCGGGCGGGCGGCAUCGCAGCCACAGCCACCACGCGGCGGGCGGGCACAUGUCAACCUCCACCUCCAGCCCCAUCCCAGACCUGCGAGCCAGGGGGGCUGCGGACGGCUUGCAGGCGGUCCAGUUCGAGGUCCGCAGUGUCAGCGGCGUUGACGACAGCGCGGGUGGGGCCUGCGGCCAGGGGUCUGAGCCUAUCGAGCCGCCCACAGAGCCGCCGCCGCCCUCGCCGCCGCCGCUCUCACCGGGACGGGCGGCGGCGGCAGCCGCGGCGCCGCACUCGCCUCGGAGCGGCGCCGCAGCCAAUCCAGCUGCUACCACGGCCGCAACAAACGCCGCCACCGCCGCCACCGCCGCCACCGCCACCGCAACAAAUGCGGCGGUCUCAACGGCAGCAAGCGGUGUUGGAAGGGGCGUCAAUGGCUCCGCAAAGGCCGGUGAGCCGUCUGCGCCGCUGCUGCCGCCAUCCGUGCUGCCGCGCACCGCAGCGGCGGCGGCGGCGGCUCGGCCUGGCGCCUCCACCGCCGCGAUCCUGGCGGGUGCCGCGGCCGCAAUUGGUGCCAUCACCAGUGGAGAACUCGAUGACGCGAGCGGCGGCGUUGAACUCUGCGGCACCACCGGCGGCAGCGGCGGCGGCCUCGACGGCGCAACGGCGGCUGCCGGCACUGUUGUGGGCGGCGCUGCCGGCACUGCGGUGGGCGGCGGUCGCGGCAAGUCGUUUGCGGACAUGUCGGCCCUUCUGUCACAGACGCUGGCGGAGCGGCACAGGCGGGAGCCGCACCGCCGCGAUGGCCCCGGCAGCCCCGGCCCCGGCGGCGCGAGCCCUGGCGGUGCCGACGGCGCCGACGGCGCCCAACGUCGCGGUAGCGCCGCCGCCGCCGCCGCCGCCGCCGCCAGCGGCACGCCCUCAGCGGCGCUGGUGACAGGUGCCACCGCCGUCAGUGCCGCUGCUAGGGACACCGCUGACGGAGGAUGAGGCGGUGGCGGCGGCGGGGUAUGAUGAGUCUGGGAUGGCCCCCAAGGUUCGAGUGCUGGGCCAAGAGUCCGUGCUGGGCACGGCGUGUGGGUGAAUGUGUGUGUGUGUGUGAUUGUUUGUGUGUGUUUGUGUGUGUGCACACCAAGACUGUCGCUUAGGCUUUGGCAGUCACCACAGAUGCUGGUGGGGGGGUCAUGCAGGUUCACCUUCCGGGCUGCCGUACAACUGCAGUCAGGUGUGCAGCUCAGCCCUGCCUUGGACACAAUUGGCAACGACGCAUUCUUAUUGCUGGAGCUCUCAUAUUCACGAACAAGCACAUUUCGUAUCGUUUUCCUGCCGAGCGCUUGCUGGCAGCUGCCGGCUAGCUGACGUGUACGUCAGGGGCGGUGUGACCCGUAUCAAAGGGGACACCAUGGACCUGGGCCGUGCGUCUUGUUUUCGACACGUUCAUUAGACCCGUCACAUCAGGUUCUGAUCCUCGAAUCGCAUAAGAAAAGGUUUCUCGAAAGCAAUUGAUAUUGGUAUUUGGUCAGGCGACGUCUGUGGGAUUGCGGUGCUCAACGCAAAUCAAUCCAACUUCAAGGCAUUCGCAGUGAAUCCUUUGCAUGUCUGCAUGGGGGGGCAUGAUACAUCUGCAGAAUGACGGCAAGGCCAAAAACAACACCUCUUGGUGCGACUGGUUGCGUUGCGUUGAUUGUCUUUGUGGUGCACAGCCUCGAGGGUCUUGGCACCCUCUGGGGCCUGUUGCAAUGGGCACCAUGGCCCUGGGUUGGAUUGGACACAGCCCGGCACAGGUUACGUUGGGCUUACCGCGUUGACGGCAUGGGGAGUAAAGGUGGGGGCCAAGCAUCGUGAGCGGGUUGUGGGCCGCACGUGUGCAUGAUCGAGUGCCGACUGCUGGGUUGGGUUGGGAAUGCCGGCUGUGUCAAGGGCACUCGCUCAAGGACGCACCGUGUUAUACAGAUUUCUGUUUAUUGCCGCCUUCAUUGUUUGAUACUUCACGAGCAUACGUGAGAUGUGGGACUACGGUAGAUGGAUCGGAUCGCCUGUGGUGACAGCCACGUGUGAAGACACGAACGCACGUCACAGCGGCGAACUGAACUGGCGCUGGCUGGAUGCGGCUGAUGGACCCAAGCGCAAAGAUGAUGGGCGAAUGUCGUGUGCACGGCUGGAUGCAGGCGUGUGGCGCAGACACAGACGUGGAAGGGAAGGAGGGAGGGAGGAAGUGUGCGCGGGCCCUGCGUGCGAUGAGAGUGGGAGGGCAGGGGAGGGCGAGUGGGUUGAGUGGUGAGGCCUAGGUGGCCCCUCCAUAUGCUGCAACAUGCAUAUCUCUGCCAGACCAAAGGCCUCCCAAGGCCUGCCUCAGUGCCUCCGCAGCGACGGGCCAUGGACGCGGCCAUACGUGCCACCAGUCCGCCACACGGAGUCACGGCGUGUGUCGCAAGACGGCCAGAGCUGCCGGUCUCAUGCCACCCAUCAACCCCUAGUAGUAUCGCUUGCAACUGUCGCCUCUG